GUAUAAGAGAUCCUAUAGAGACAAAGACGAGAAAAGAGUUAGAGACAGCAGCAUUGGAUUAUUUUCAGAAAACAGUCACAAAGAAUGAAAAUGGGCGUUACGAAGUUCAUUUGCCAUGGCUGGAAACUAAAGAUUAUCUCCAGCAAAAUAAAUCCGUUGCUGAACGAAGAUGCAUUUCAACUUCAAUGAAGCUCGAAGCUGAAGGCCGUUACGAAGAUUAUGAUGCAGUUUUUAAGGAAUGGGAAGACUCUAAAAUAAUAGAAUUGGUGCCAGAAUCUGAAAUCGGGGAAGCUUCUCACUACCUACCACACAGAGGAGUUUUUAAGGAGCAUUAUACAACUCGUGUCCGGCCAGUAGUCGACGCCUCUUCACAUGAAAAAGGUUUUCCUUCGCUGAAUGACUGUCUCGAAAAGGGACCUAAUCUUUUAGAAGAAAUACCACCAUU